UAACGCACAAACCCAACCUAACCCUCAAUUUCUCCUCCAGGAACUGCUCCUGUUCCGCGUCGAAUUACGCAUUUCCCGUGCGCGGCGUUGCUAAGUUACCGGCGAAGCGGAUGUUAGUCUCUCGGGCGCAUCCGGCACGUUUGUCUGAGUGUUGCAUCAGCCUGGGAGAAGGAGCACAAUGACGGAAUCAUGGGAACAAGUUCUGAGCAUUAGUGAGGACAAGGUCAGCAUGAAGGCUCUCAAUGACUUUCUCAGCACCCGUAGUUACAUCCAGGGCUACACUUAUUCUCAGGCGGACGUGCAGGCCUUCAUGCAACUGGAGGGACCUCCCCCUGACCACUUGUUCCAUGUGAUUCGGUGGUACAAGCACAUAGCAGCACUUUCCACUGAGGCUGCAAAGCACAGUGACUUCAGAAAUGGGCAGUCAUGUAAAGGAAGGCGCACCCAGCCACCCUGGUCUGCACCCAACACAAAUGAACAACCUGGACUGCGCCUUUACAACAGCCUGACUCGCAGCAAGGAGCUGUUUUUCCCCCAAGUUGGUAGAAAAGUCACGUGGUAUUGCUGUGGCCCCACUGUGUAUGAUGCCUCCCACAUGGGACAUGCCAGGUCGUACAUAUCCUUUGAUAUCCUUAGGAGAGUGCUGAGGGACUACUUCAAAUAUGAUGUAUUUUACUGCAUGAACAUUACUGAUAUUGAUGACAAGAUAAUAAAGAGAGCCAGACAGAGGCAUUUAUUUCAGCAAUACAGAGAGAGUAAUCCACCACACUCCGAUCUGCUUCAGGAUGUCAACACUGCACUAAUACCAUUCCUACAAAGAAUUAGCGAGACCAACGACCCAGAUAAAAAGCAGAUGCUGGAGAGGAUCCAAACUGCUGUUAGUGCCGCCCUUCUUCCUCUUCAGGAUGCAUUGAACAAAAAUACAGGAGCCGAGGAACUCCAGAAACACAGUCAGGUGCUGAUGGAAGCAGCAGUAGAUUUGCUGUCGGACUGGUUGGAUGAGAAACAUGGGGCUCAAAUCGCAGACAAUUCAAUUUUCUCUCAACUUCCAAAAUACUGGGAAGGCGAAUACCAUAAAGACAUGGAGGCCCUGAAUGUUCUGACACCAGAUGUACUGACCCGGGUCAGUGAAUAUGUGCCGGAAAUUGUAGCAUUUGUGCAAAAAAUUGUGGAUAACGGUUAUGGGUAUGUGUCUAAUGGAUCUGUGUACUUUAGUACUGCAAAGUUUCAUGACAGUGAAAAUCAUUUUUAUGCCAAACUGGUUCCCGAAGCUGUUGGAGAUCAGAAGGCCCUUCAGGAAGGAGAAGGGGAUCUGAGUAUCUCUGCUGAUCGAUUAAGUGAGAAGCAAUCUCCCAAUGACUUCGCUUUGUGGAAAGCUUCAAAACCUGGUGAACCUUCCUGGGAAUCGCCAUGGGGAAAGGGUCGGCCUGGUUGGCACAUUGAGUGUUCAGCAAUGGCAGGAUCUAUUCUUGGUGAAUCAAUGGAUAUCCAUGGGGGUGGAUUUGAUCUCCGAUUUCCCCAUCACGACAACGAAUUGGCACAGUCUGAGGCUUACUUUGAUAAUGAUCACUGGGUGCGCUAUUUCCUCCAUACUGGUCACCUGACUAUUGCAGGCUGUAAAAUGUCCAAAUCCUUGAAGAACUUCAUCACCAUCAAAGAUGCACUUCAGAAAAAUACAGCCCGUCAGCUGCGCCUGGCAUUCCUCAUGCACUCCUGGAAGGACACCCUGGAUUAUUCCAACAACACAAUGGAGUCGGCUGUUCAGUAUGAGAAGUUUAUGAAUGAAUUCUUCUUAAACGUGAAAGAUCUUCUCAGAGCUCCUACUGAUAUCACAGGGCAGUUUGUGAAGUGGGAAGUUCUGGAAAUAGAACUCAACAAUUGUUUUUAUAGCAAAAAGGCAGCCAUUCAUGAAGCUCUGUGUGAUAACAUCGAUACACGCACUGUCAUGGAAGAAAUGAGGUCACUGGUCAGUCAGUGCAACUCCUACAUAGCCAGUAAGAAGGUAGCAAAACAGUUUCCCAACAGAAUGCUACUGAGAAGCAUCAGCUCUUAUCUUACUUCAAUGCUAAAGGUGUUUGGAGCAAUCGAGGGUGAAGAAGUGAUUGGUUUUCCCAUUGGUGGAAGUGAAAACAGCAUGAAUCUUGAAAGCACAGUUAUGCCAUAUCUUCAGGUUCUGUCACAGUUCAGAGAAGGGGUCCGACAGAUUGCCCGGCAGCACAAAGUGACUGAAGUCUUACAACUCAGUGAUUUGCUGCGUGAUGACAUCCUUCCUGAACUUGGAGUGCGGCUGGAGGACCAUGAAGGGCUUCCCACUGUUGUCAAACUGGUCGACCGAGAGACUUUACUGAAGGAGAAGGAAGAGAAGAGGAAGGCUGAGGAAGAGAAGCAGAGGAAGAAGGAAGAAGCAGCAAGGAAAAAACAGCAGCAGGAGGCAGCCAAGUUAGAGAAGAUGAAGAUCUCUCCCAGCCAAAUGUUUACACUGGAAACGGACAAAUACUCCCAGUUUGAUGAAAGCGGUUUCCCCACUCAUGAUACAGAGGGCAAGGAAUUGAGCAAAGGGCAAACAAAGAAACUCCGCAAACUCUUUGAAGUGCAAGAAAAGUUACAUAAAGAAUAUUUGCAAAUGGUCCAAAAUGGGACCACAGCUUGAGGAUUUGUAGAGUUUGUGCCGGGCCAUUGGUUUUGUAGCAGAAAAUGUGCGUUUUCAUAUUCCCACCAUGCACAUAUUUAUUACUCUGUAAAUAAAUGGCAACGCCAUUAAAUUACCGCCAAUAUGAACACCACAAUUAACCUUUCAUUUGGGGUAUUUUCUAGCUCUGCUUGUGUCUCAUAGCCCUCAGUAUAAACUUCUUGUUCCCAACUACCAAUCACAAAUAAAUUCUUUAUAAAUUG